GUGGGCGUUAGGAAACAUGGUUGUCUUGUUCGAACGCAAACUCCUUGUUUAGGAGCUGAAGAGUAUGAUGUGUACUGAUUGUUGACAAUAAUAAUAACACCAACUAUUCUCUGACGAUAAUUUUUUUUCUGAUUAUUUUAGAAUAAACAUCAUAAAGUUAUAUGAUUAAUUUUUAAAUCUAAGAUAAAACUGGCACCUAACGUAAACCUUAUGCACUGUAACUUGUAAGUGUAACUGAGAGUGAGAAGAAAAUCGAACAAACUGCAAAGGUACAGACUAUCAUGGCGUCGAUGCAGAAGAGACUUCAAAAAGAACUUUUAGCCAUACAGAAGGAACCACCACCAGGUGUCAGUGUUUGUCCAAACAACAUAGGGCCUAACUUAACUCAGUGGAUAGUUGAUAUGGAAGGAGCUACGGGAACCUUGUAUGAAGGAGAAAAAUUCCAGUUGAUGUUUAAAUUUAGUCCUAAGUAUCCAUUUGAUUCACCUGAGGUGACCUUCAUAGGCCCAAACAUUCCUGUCCAUCCACAUGUUUACAGCAAUGGACAUAUUUGCUUGUCCAUCCUCACUGAAGAUUGGUCACCAGCUUUGUCUGUGCAAUCAGUCUGUUUAAGUAUUGUUUCCAUGCUGUCUAGUUGUAAAGAAAAGAAACGGCCACCUGACAAUUCCUUGUACGUCAAAACCUGUAGUAAGAACCCUAAGAAAACUAAAUGGUGGUACCAUGAUGAAUCUGUCUGACAAGUACUUCCAGUGUAGCUGUGUAUAGAAGAUCACAUCGUAGUACAGGUGUAGUUUCCUUUCCAAACCUAGUUCCAGUAAACGAUUCAACACAUGUUUGAGUUGCAUCACUUUGAGUUCAGUGUGCUCAGGGAGACGUGUAGCCUGUAGAUGUUCCUUGAUUACCUUGGUUACUGACUCCUACAUAAGAAGUAACACCCAUGACAACAAGGUUUUAAAUGGUGUAAAUAGCUUAUUCUGAUCUGGACCUUUUUUUUUUAAAUUUAUCAUAGGAAAAUAUUCAGUCUUCUAGAGCUAGGUGAUAAAAUAAGUAAAUUUGGCUAUUAAAUAUGAAAGUUUGAUAAACAAGUUGUAAGUUAGAUUAAACAUAUAGCGAAAAGAGUAUUCUAAAAUCCAUACAGAAUAUGUCUUGAUAUUAUAUAUUCUGUUAAGCCAAUAGAAAAUUGUAUUUAUAAGAUAUAUUUGUCAAACAGAAGAGCUUAGGGAUAAAUUACGUAUAUAUAGUCUAAAAAUAUUUCCUGUUAACUAUUAACAUAAAUUAUUCUUAAGUUAUUAGAUACCACCUGAAAAUUGAGAAACUGUGAAAAAUGUUUCUUUUUUUCAAAAAUAAUAAGGUGAUCUGAGAUCAUAAUAUAAUAAUUACUUUUCUACACAUUUCUGUGAUAGUUAAAAUCUAAAUCAAGGGAAAAUAUUCCACUAAAAAAAAUGGGGACACAUUUUUUUUUAGUACGUUAUUAGCAUGGUAACUGUAUUUUAAGUAUAUCGGUGCUUCUUUACGAACAUGUGAAAACCUGCAUAAAAGCAUUGGGACGGAAAAUAACGGAAAUAUUUUAUUGGCAGUGUAUGUCUUGUAACAGUAGCUUAUAAUGUACAUUUGUUUAGCCAAGCAGAUACAGUGUGGUUGAAGAAAAGACACAUUCUUGGAUUGAUGUUCACUUGUAUCGUGUAAAUACUGGGAUCUAGUUUAGCCUGAUAUGCAUUGUCUUUAGGUCAUAGAACUUUCUGAGGCAUUCAGCAUACAUUUGUGUCUAAUUUUUCUUCAUUUGAACUGGCCUGAUGAAAUGAGACGUAUGGUACAUACAUUUCAAGUGUUUCCAAAAACAAAACUCUACAGUAAUUUAACGGAUGACCCCCAAACAGCCAUUCUCUUUGUACUUAUCUCUUUGUAAAAGUUGUUAAAAAGUAAUACAAACAUUUGAUUAUGUAUAUUGUUGAAAGUUGGCAUUUAAAUUGUGUAAAGUACCUAUAUAUUCCAAAUAUACUGUUCAUAACAUGAAUAAAUAAAUUAGAUGUGUUCUAGCUGUGAAUAUAUUGAUUUUUAAUAUAAAAAAAAAGAUGCAAAAGGAACCUUUGUUGUACAAUUAAGGCUCAAAUGAAGAUGUAAAAAUCCUUUUUGAAGUAAUAUUAAAGCUCAAAUAAAGAUGUUGAUGUACAUCUUGAUGGGGGGGGGGGGGCAAAGAAGACUGACCUCGCAUAGGGACCCUACACUAUGGUGUAAUUUGUAUAUAUGUGUAAAUCUAGCCUGACUAGAAAUCUAUCUCAGAAACUGCCAUUUAUUCCCCUUUAAGCUUGAAGAGGGGGGGGGGGUCAGCCACACCUGUUGAUCCCUCCCAAGUAUUGCCUGUGGUAUUGUGUUACAUGUGCUGACAUAUCACAAGGCUUCUUUCAAUAAUGUAGUACCAAAAAAAUUGGCAAGAAAUUACUAAACUCAGAUUUAAAAAAUAAAUGAGGAAAAACUAUGAUUUUGGCAACAUAAUGUAGUUGUAUGCUACGUAAUCAACUUUUCACAUAUAUUUCAAUAACAUUUUAUCAGUUAAACUAUACUUUUGACAUGCUAUCUGAUUUUGAGGAAGUAUAAUUAGUUUUUGUUAAAAUAACUUCUUCACUUGUCUGUAUCAGUAUUAUCUGCUAAGUUCUUAAUGGAUUCUGUUUGUUCAUCGUGAUCAUUGUCGAGGUAGGUAUUUGGGUUUAAAACCAGGGGUGGUCAGACAUUUGGAUUUCUCUUCACCCCCAAUCUGGGCUUAUGAAGAAUAGUUACAUGGCUUGUCUCCAUGGGAAAAGCUGCAAAAAUUUGACCGGAAAGCUAAUUUAUUUACGUCAACCUGUUUGAUAGUUCCCAAAGUUAGAUUAGGGUUACUAUUGGCUGUUUUGUGAACUGUUGUUUAGGGUUAGACUGUAAACAAAACUUGAUUGGAUGUUCAGAGAAUGUUAAGACUGGUGUGAUUGGUUGUUUAGAGCAGAAAACUGAUAGCUUGUAUCUUCAGAUAAUGGUAAUUCUCUUGAAUCAGGAUCACACAAAAUACUGUGUUUUUGUGAAUAGUUAAACCAUUUUGUUUUACAUACAUCAAUUAACUGACGUGUACUGUACAUUGUCAGUGAGAACAAGUGCCUAGUCUUAUUUCCUGUGUAAUUCACCAGAGGUCAUUAACACGUUACUGAAUAUUGUCCUUUACAUAAGAUAUAUAAAUAUAUUGCUGUUUGUCUAGUAGAUCCAAUGGGGAGGGUUCCUGUGAAUUCUGAUAUUUUGUUGUGACAAACAAAAUAAAUAUUGAUGCAUAGUUAAGGUAUCCUUAAGACUUUGGUAUAUUUUCAAGAUGAUUUAUAUUUAAAAUAGAAUAAAAGCUUAUGAUUUGAACAGCGUGUAUGAAACAUUAUGUAUGGUUAACUUAAGUAUGUAUGUAUAUAUCUAAUGUUUUAUGAACUUUCUUGGGUUUUUAGUUUUGUUUUUCACCUUACCCUUUUCCACCAUAUAUAUAUAUAUCAACAAAAACUCAAGUGAAGGUUUUUCUCAAACUUCUUUAAUUAUUGGCACAAAAACCAGUUAUUGAAAAUGUUUUUCUGAAUAGUCGUCCUCCCUACGGAUAUACAAGAUGUGUUCAGUGUGGUGAUCUUGUCCUCAAGGUUCUGAGCAACAUAUUGACAGGUUUCUAGUGGAAAAUCAAUGGUUUGGAUAUCUCCCUUCAGUUCUUGAAUUGUUCGUGGAUUGCUUUUGUAGACGUUAUCUUUGCAAUAACCCCAUAGGAAGCAGUCGUGUUUGAAAGUUGAAGUGGCGAUGUAGAAUUCCACCAUCUUUGUUCAUUGUUCAGUUGUGAACAUCAUACUUGAGGUGUAGUUCAUAGAUUUAUAUUCUAUAGAUCCAUAGAGUACUCUCUGAAAAUAUAAACAAUGUAAUAUCAAUGACAAAACAAUUAUGAGCAGAAUGCCUGAUUGGAUUUUUUUGGCAUGCUAAUAUUGAGAGUUAUAAAACAGUUCAAAUUUCACUCUCUACCUUCCAAAGUUUUAGAUAUUUUAAUUCAUUCUAUAUAAAACUUGUAAUAUAUUGUUAAAUGAUCAACUAAUUCGGUGUUAUUUGGUUCAGAUAGAAUUAGUAGACCACUUACAGUUGUGUGUAUUGUUGGAUUUGGUCAAGACAUCAAUAAAAACCAAGGCUAUUAUAAUAUAGUCCCAGGAUUAAAUCUUAGAUUUGUGAAACCAGAUUUUUGUCAGUAACUAAUUACAUAGAGAAGAAUAUUAACUUUAUAAUACUAGAAAUGUUUAAUAAAUUUAACUGUUGCACUUAUUUUUAACUUAUUUUUAUUUUCAUUCACUAGAAGAUAUAUAUAUAUAUAUAUAGAGAGAGAGAGAGAGAAUUGUAGAAAAUUUACACAAAAUGUUAGUAGAAUUUUAAAUGAAGCUUUGAAUGAACAUAUGUUUGGUUUCUUAUUAACAUGUUUAUAUAUCUAUAUUUCAAACAUGCUGCUCUUCUGAGCUUUGAGAAUAUAAUACUUAGAUUAAGUUUGAUUAAUUUGAAAUCUGUAUGUUACCCAGAUUAUUUUGUUGAACAUUAUAUUCUUCUCAGUAUCUCUUUCGGCACAUUUUAUUGUUGAAAUGUUAGUAAAAUAAAACUUACUCAGUUUGUUUAUACCUUUAUAAAAUUAGGAAGAACAAUAAUGUAAAGUGCUAAAUUUUGAAAUGUUGAGGAAUUUCCUUAGUCAUAUUGGAGCCGAUAAUGUACCACCUUAUUUAGCAUUUCUCAAAUGAUGUGUUGUGAUGUAGUUUCGACAAAGGUAAGAAUACCUAAAAAAACAAAGUAAAAAUAUAGUGAGUACAUUCAGGAAUUUGUAGCUGUGUGUGUUUAGUUGACAUGUCGUCCAUACUUCUGCUAACAUUAUAACUUGUAGUUUACCAAAAAAUUAACAAAUUUAAAAAUGGUGCUUCAAAAUAAAAUCAGAUUUUUUUUUAAGCCUUUUAAAUAAAAAAGUAUACAUUUUCAAAACCAAAAUUUUAUUAACAUUUUACAACUGCCUUCAAGAUGAGAAUGUGUAGGAGUGUUGGUUUAUCACUAUGCAAGAUAGAAACAAGUAUUAUUUUUAAAAAUCAUUUCAGAGUUUCCAGUUCACCCUUGCAUGUAAUAAUAUUUAAAUGGCAAAUACUUGUUAAUUUCUGUAUACUUCUCAAGUUUUAAUAGUAAAGUUAGAAAACCUACAUUUACUCUCCAGAUAAAUAAACAUCUUUUAUUUUGUCAAGUAAGUUAAAAAAUAGUUUUAUUUGAAAUAAAAAAUUAAUAUUUAUUAAACUAUCUGUAGUAGUAAAGAUAUUUUUAUAACUUCAUUGUCAAAAUGUCUAACUUCCUUGUGUUAGCACUAUAAAUUUUGAUAAACAACAACAACAAGUUUUAGUUUGAUUUUUCAGAGGAAAAAAAAGGAAUUCAGGGUGAGCUGCAAUGAAUGGAUGUCCUUUUACUGCUCUAAUGAACUCAAACCUUGCAUACAGUACCCAUCAGUAUUAUUAGUAAAGAUUAAAUGAACCAGUUAAAUAGUUUUUUUUCUGUCUUAUGACUGGGGGUAGGGGGAGUAACAUCUUAAGUGAGAGAAGAAGGUGGAUGUCAAUGGUAGGAUGUUUGUAGAAGUGUUAAAAACAAGUGUGUCAAGGAUGAGUUUUAUAUUUAACUAUGUAUAUAACGUUGUAAUUAUUUCUUAGAACAAACUAAUGUAUAGGACUGGUCUCGUUUAAUAAACUCUGUGUUAUUUAAAUUAUUCUA